AUGUCUAUCUCAUCAAGCGCGCUGACCUUGCUCGUCGGGUUUCUUGCCACCAGAUCUACAAUUCUCGCCCAUCCCGUACUGCUUCAAGACUCUCCAAAACAAGUCAUUCCAGAUACAUCGCAGCUUACAGAAUAUCUGUCUAUGCCAGCUGAAUACUCUAGGCCAGUGGAUACUGCCAGUAUCUUCAACAUUCCUUCGCCGGAGAUUAGUCUGAUGUCGCCAGUGGCUCCUAUUGAGAUGAUUCCAAACAUCGCCCCAAGUACUAUGAGCGAUUCAAGCUACCCGGAUUUCACAACAUUCUUCAAUCCGCCCGCUCUAACUGCUACUGGCUCGACCGAAUCGUAUACCACUUUCUUCGAUCCGUUCAAUCCUUUUUCUUCCCCUGAUUCGACACCGACGACUACUUCAUUGAGCGUUAGUUCCUCUGGAGGCACAUCCAUAGAACCUCCUCUUGGACCAGGAGUUGUCCUUCAUUCGACUAUUUCGGUCAUGCCAUACUCGCGUAAUUUGUUAUCUACCUCAACAGUUGCAUUCGCUCCUACCAAUACCCGUGAAUCAGACCCUUUCAUCACUCAUGACUCUGAGACCACAGCCUCCGCGAUCUCUCACCGCGCACCCAUCAUCGUCGGCAGCGUACUUUCUGGUUUAGUGGCGUUCUCAAUGAUUACUUGUAUUCUUAUCAACAUGAGGCGUCUCCGCUGUAUACUUUUCGCUCGUGGUGUGCACCCCGACCCAGAUCCCCGCGUCAACAAUAACCCAGAAAAGACAAGUGCGUUUCCGGUCAAGGCUGGCUCGAAAGGGAAUACAUAUAGCGAUUCGGAGCAACAUGUAUCUCCUGCCUUACCAGCAUGGAUGAAGCUUCCAAGUCAAAUAUCACCUUUCCACAAUCAUCGCGAUUCGCUUCUGUCAUACUUCAGGUUAACAAGGGACUUGGGCAAUGGUCAGCAGUCCAAGCUGCAGCCUCAGAAGCCUCAGAAAGCCAAGGUUGUAGAUAUUGUCACCGACUUUCCGCGGAGCAGAUUCUCAGUGACUUCGUCUGACUAUACUCAUUCCAUGUGCUCCGUUAAUUCAGAUCAUCAUCUUGAUGAUACUGCACCCUCGACGAAGAGUGUGCCUCUCUUAACACCCGAAGAGUUCUUCUCUCUUCCAUCUUCCACCACUAUCGUUUCGCGGCACUCAAGAAUUGGUAGUGCUCCGGUGUUCGGCCACCAGAGGAGGGAGGCAGGGUUCAACUUGGCAAUGAGCAGGGCGAAGCACGAAAAGUCGGAUAGAAAGUCGACUACCAGAUCUCGAGCAAUGUCAAUGGCGGUUGUGCAGAACCGGAAUCUUCAACGAAGGAGAACAAAGUCGAUUGCAAUUGUCGAGAAUGGGCUUCGGGGAAUAAGUCUGAAAGUAUUGCCCCAAUGUAUCUCUGGGGAGUUCUGCACCACGAAUCUUGACGCCCAGGGUUUCGAUCUGCUCAUCGGAAAUCAGGAACCCAAAUCGGUGGUGGGUGGUGGUCAAGAAAGACCGCUGGGCCGGCUUCGCAACUAUUUCCAGCCGGGGAACAUCCCCCCAGGUGGCAUGGUGGACGAGCUUGGCUCAGACGGCGAAGAACAACAGAAACAACACAAUUGA